GCAGGUUUUACACACACACACACACACACACACUCCGGCCUUGCGGUCUCCUUGCAUUCUCUGGAUCUCGGAUUUACACUUGGCGUGUUUUUAUUAAUGGAUUUUUGUAUGUUUCUGGUUUGAUGAAGAGUUUUUCCGAGACUUGGGCGCCUUUGCAGGACUGAAACCCAAAACACCAACUCCAUCAACACCAUCAUCUCCAUCAUCAUCACCUUAAACACCAUGUCCACCAUCUCCAUCAGAAUGAGAAGCUGCUCCAUCAGCGCACUGUUGGUGUGAGUGAUGCCGCAGACUGAGGAACUGAAACUCGGCUUCAGUCUGCACAGUUCUGGACAAAUUCACAACCCAGGAGCUUUCGAGAAACUGAGAAGAUCUACAUACAUCUGCAGCUUCAUACCUUCAGCUCCGGAGUCAGCUUGUCUGAGCGGUGUUUAUUGUUGAAAGCUCCACAGCCGGGUGAGGAUGAGGAGCAGUGGAGAGGCAGAAGGUUUAGAUGGCGAGGCCUCUAACACGGCAAUGGUGUCAGGGGCGAGUAGUCCUUAUCAGCCUACUACAGAGCCUGUUCUCUCCCGGAGUGUGUUCAGGAGCCUGAGCUGGAACACACACUACCUUACUUCACAGCUCGGCAUCCUAAAGAUCGUGGAAGCGGUUCUAUCUCUCAUUGCGUUUAUCUGCAUUGAGACGGUGAUGAUGUGUUCUCCCUGCGCUGGAGUUUAUCUAUUUGAGUUUGUUAGCUGCAGCUCUUUUGUGGUGACGGGACUUUUACUCCUGCUCUUCAUCCUUAAUCUCCAUAGCAACCUCACACAGAUCAACUGGAGAUUAGUGGACCUGACUAAUGCUGCAUGCAGCACGAUCUUCUACUUUAUCGCCUCAGUGGUGUUAGCAGCACUCAAUCACAAGAGUGGAGCAGAAAUUGCUGCUGUGAUUUUCGGCUUUGUGGUGAUGUUGGUGUACGGUGUGAACACGGGUGUGUGUGUGAGACAGUGGCGUUUAGGUGACCAGCGGCCUGUACAGACCAGCGAAUACACACGCGCCAGGACAGCCUCACGCAGUGAAGUGGAGACACGACCUGAAUAAAAAACACAAUGUAUCAUCUAUCUUACACACACAUCUAUACACACAUAAAUACACACACCUGAGCUGAUGUCUCAUUUGAUGUAAUUUAAUGUUGAUUAUGAAGUUACACUUCUUACACACUUUUACACACUACACAAACUAUACACAAUAUAGUUUACAUAUGACACACAAUAACUUUCACACUACACAGAUUAGACACUAAACAAAUGUCCUUUUCAGUCUAUACACGUUACACAAUACAAACUACACACUGCAUUUUACAAACAUUAUAGUGUUCACAGAGUUGAUAUGAAGAUUAUAUCAGGACCAAAUAUAACAAACUUAAACACAUAUAUAUAUUUGGGCCUAGGAAAAUUCUGUGAUAAACCAGGGGUGCGAGAUUCGAACCGAUUACUGUGUAUGUGUAUAUAUAUAUAUAUAUAUAUAUAUAUAUAUAUAUAUAUAUAUAUAUGAAUCCUGAUCGUUUGUGCUAGUUUCUAUUUCAGGUAGCUCUUGGCUUUUGUGUAAGUAGCUAGUGUUUGCAUCACCAGCAUUUGCAUAUACUUAUAAUUACCUGCUAAUUGCUAUAAUGUGGAAUCAUUUCUGAAUCUGUGCUGUUAAUGGCUGGUUGUUAGUGUUGAGGCUUGUUACUCACACUUGGGUUAUUGGCUCACAUUUGUUCUGGUCACUUGCAUUAGUCAGUAGUCAUGAACUUCUUGAUCAUUCAAAUUAAAAUAAUUUGGGCUACUUGUGUGAAUGUAUAUGCUAGUUACUUGUUUUUUUUUCUAAUUUGUAGUAUUUGUUGCAGUUUUAUGUUAGUCAUUAGCAUUUCAGGUAGUUGCUAAACAAAGUUUUACAUUUGGGCUAGUGUUUGGAAUAGUUUUCAAAUGUCUGCUUGCAAGGGCUAAUUACUAGUGUUUAUGCUAGCUAAACUCACUUGCACUCAUUUUUAGCUAGUUUUUUGUAUUUUCACUAGCAUUACUGAGGAUGAGUAAGAAUCUCUGUGUGUAGUUAGCAUUUGAGUAAUAGCUAACUCCAACCAAAUGUUUUGUGUUUGGGCUAGCUAAUAGCAUUUGCAAAUUUGUUACUUGCAUCUGGGUGUAUUUCCUCAUUAUAAAGAAUACAAUUAAUAAAAAAUAAGUAAUUAUGUAAGUAAGUAAUUGUGAACUUAAUAAAACACGAAUUAACAGAAAUUAACAUUAAUUUAAAUAAUUUAAUAAGCAACUGGAGCAGAUUUCUUUUUAAUUCUCAGAUUAAGACCAGACUCUGUAAAAGUUAUUUAACUGUAAUGUGUUAUUUUAUUUUUUUAAAUGUUAUUUUGGUACUAAUUUUAUAAUUUACAUUUUCUGUGUGUGUGUGUGUGUGUGUGUGUGUGUGUGUGUGUGUGUGUGUGUGUGAGAGAGAAAUGGUAAUGAAUUUAAGAUUUCAUUGUAUUUAUCCUUUUGGUUUUAUUCUGUUUAUGGUAACGUUAGUGUUGCAGUGUUUCAUUUACAUUGUACACUACUUGGCAAUCUUCUGUCCACUUGCAGGCAGUUUUAUAGAGUUUGAAGCAAUAAGAUUUACUUUAAAUGCAUUAUCUGACUGAUCUCUCACCUCUACACCUCAGUGCUAAUUCAUGAUAGAAAAUGUAUUUAGGAAAAGUUAAAGAGGAAUAUUUUACUAAACAGAGUGGAAGAGACUAAAACUAUUUACCAGCAUUUUAUCUAAUUUAAUAUAUUGGAAUAAACUACAAAUGUUCAGGUACUCUAACAUGAAAGUUAACUACAGUGUGUUGUUUAAUGUGUGAUUUGGGAUGAACCCCUAAAUUCAGCACAACUCCAUAAUAAUAAUAAUGAAUAAAAUAUGUUAAGGAACACUGUGUGAGUUUUUCGAAGGACAAUCAAACCUUGCUAAUGAAAGUUUUAUUUCUCAACAGCAGCACUGUGUGUGUGUGUGUGUGUGUGUGUGUGUGUGUGUGUGUUUGUUGUGCUUUAUACUCUGUAAUGAAACCCUCCUCUACUCUGAGGCAUUAUUAUAAUAAUAACUUAAUAUCUGAUUGUAAUUAUAUGGUUGAUUAUUUAUCCUGUUUUUUUAUCCAUGUCUGAAAUCUGAGGUUUAAUAAUCUGACACUGUGAUGAUUUAAACAGGAGCAGAGCCGCUCUCAGAUCUGUAUUUAUGUAUUCAUGGAACUGUCUGAUGUGUUACAAAAACACAUUUUGCAAAAUUCUCUGUUCAUUUGUGAAACAAAUAAAUUUGAUUUAAAUUUGAAAUUAAACAAA